AUGGGAAUCGCUUCAUGGCCAAAAUACGCGGCUUGCUUGGAUUCAUGGUUGAAGCAGUUGGACAGAUCAGAGGAAAAUCAGAAGGCGAUAAUCAGGGUUAUUGUUGCCGUUGUGGAAGCGUUCCAUUAUGAUGUGGCUGAUAUAGGAGAAACUGUUAGCGAAGAGGCGGCGAAUGAAACUCGAGUGGUCAUUCGGGAUAAACUCCUUCGAGAGCUCUUACCAAAGCUGUCUAAGUGUAUCAAUGGAAAGUCCGCGGAGCUGAGUGUCCAUCGCAAGGCGCGCACGACGGCUACCAAACACUAUAGCGAAGACGACGAUAUCAAAAGAGCACCGGUUGCUUUGGCCACUGUGAAACUGUUGCAGAAAGUCCCUGAAAGCAUUCGCUCGCAGUAUCUACACGGAGCGAUUUUGAAGCUGUGUUCGCUGAUGAUUUCACGAUCAAUGAAUGUUCGCGAAACGGCACGAAAAGUCGGAGUGCAAGUCUGUGAAUGUCUAGGACCGCGGUAUCUUCCAGUGAUCAUAAAGGAGAUGAAGCUUAUAAUGAAGAAAGGUUUCCAGAUUGUUGUGAAGGAGCAGUUCGAGGACGUGUCUGAGGAGAAAGAAGUCGGAGAAAUCAAGGCAGAGGUUAGCGAGGCUAAGAAAAAUCCGACGCCAGGAACCCUCCUUCUGCUUGGACGUUACGUCUCAUCAUCGGUGGUUGGCACGUUCCUGAAUCGUUUCGUGACUGUUGUGGACACCCUGACUUCUGCGAAAAUGAUCUCGCGCGCAAGAAAUCUUCUGUCUAUGUUUGCCAAUGGUCUCAAAGAUAAUCGAGGUUUCUCUCCAUGUUCACAGCUUAUCCUCAUCCACCAGAUGAUCACGACAAAUAUCGAUAAGAUGCGAGUGGUUCCUGACAGUCAACAACAACAGGAUGAACUUCUGGAGAAACCAAAGAGCUGUCUGCUUCUACCGCCUGAACCGAAACGAAUUGGUGUUCUCGUGAAACCAGUGCUGAAAUGUCGCUCGCAUAUUUUCCUCGAAUUUGCUUUGCAAUUGCUGGCAUCCUUAAUCACGGGAAAGCAUUUCGACCGAAACGAUCCUGACCACGUCCGUCGUUUAGAUCCGUUUGUCUCUUUAGUGAUACAGAGUCUUGAAUUCAAAUAUGAAAAGGUUAUCUCCCACGGUCUUCGAUGUCUGAUCGGUAUGUUGCACAUGUCACUACCGUCAGUUGAAACUUCGUUGAACACCAUUUCUGAGCGGCUCUUCCUGUUAUUAUCGGAGUACUCGAUCCUUGGUAGUGCAGCUAAUAAAGAAGCCAUUCUCAAUCUGAAUCAACUUCUUUGCAAGUCGUUCACCCAGCUGAUUAUCGCCUCAAAGGCUUCAUUUCUCACUGACAAACAUAUAUCGUUGCUGUUAAAUUACGUGGAAAUAGACAUAUUGGACACGAGUCGCCAGGCCACAGCUUUCGCUCUAAUAAAGGCAUUUGUGCGAAAGAAAGUUCAGCACCCGCAGAUCCUAGACGUCAUGAAAAAGCUAAGGGAACUUGCAAUCACGUCGCCAUUCCCACAUAUCCGAACGCAGUGCAGAGAGGUGCUUUGCGAUUUCAUUGGAAAUCAUCCGAGUUCCGAUGAUCCGCAGAGUCACAUCGAGUGGUUCAUCGCUCAACUUGACUACGAGCUUGAAGAUGGUCGUCUGAGCGCUGUCGAUAUGCUGAACAUCUUGUUCUCCAGGCUUGAACCAGCUGUCUUGAACGGUUCGUGUCUGUUCAUCGUUUCAAAAAUGGGAACGUCGUUGUUCAACGAGGAGAGCGUAAAGUGUCGUCGAUUUAUACUGGCAGCGCUGAACAAAUUAUUGUCAUCAGUCAGCGAAUCAGCUCGUUCGGAUGUGUUCUCCGCCUGUUGUGAUUGGAUAGAAUUGCAAGGCGAAGAACAGGAAGGCGCCCGUUAUAUCGCCAUUGAAUUGUUUUCUCAAAUUAGCAAAGUUGAAGCCGAAGGAUUUGCCGCUCGAUUCCCUGCAAUCCUUCCGUCGUUACGAGUUAUUCUGGCAUCGGAGUCUCUUUUCUCGGAUAACAGUGAACGAACAAUUUCUGCGUUUUGCUACGGUAUCGCUUCGAUGUUACAAAACAUGGGCUCAUCUGUCGGGGAUGCCCUCACUUCAGAGGAUUUCUGUACAAUUUUUGACUCACUGGGACCUUUGAUGAAGUGUAACGGAUCAGAAAUGGUUCGCCUUUCCGCUGGAUGCCUUGUAGGGCAGUGCCUCAGCAAGUACGACAGCGAGUUCUUCACCUCGCAACGGUCCGUUCUGUUGAUACAAUGGUGCUGCUGGCAGCUACGAGAUAAACUCCUAAGUGAGCAAAUCGCGCUUCAGGCUUCGAAGAUUCUGAUGGCUAUUUCUCGGCACUUGGAUGGAGAACAGUUUUCGGCGUUGGUGGAAAAACUAGCAAGUAUCUGCCGUUUCGAAAUUGUUCGUCAGCCCAACGUCUCAUUGAAGGUGAUAGUCGCUGCAAUUUGA